AUGUUUGAACUACCAGCAGAAUUGACAGCUAAGCCUUUAGCUUUAAUAGGUUUGACAGGAUUAGACAUUACAAAUCCAGUCUAUCGAUCUAUCUGGGAUGCAUUUAGUAACAACCGUAGACCAGAUGGUGCAGCAGUUCAGUUUAAACUGCUCAGUCAAUCACAUGAGUUUCCUACUGUUAAACCAAAGCGUAGUUCAUAUGAGUGGUAUAUACCUAAAGGGAUAUUAAAAAGAAAUUGGAUGAACAAAUAUCUCAAUGAUAUUCCUUCUGUAGUUGUUGUAUUCUAUGAUUUAGACUGGAAUGACCCUUUGUGGAAUGAAAAGAAAAUGGAAUGUGCUUCUAGAGUACAAUCAUUAAGAGCUGUCCUUGAUGGAAGAAGUACAAAAAUAGCUGUAGUAUUGAUACAAUGUGCUGUUCAACCACCACCUGGUACUGAAGAUGUAAUUGCAACUGAACGUGCAACAGCAUUGUGUGGAGCUUGUGACUUAACAGCAAAGUUUUUGUAUAUUCUACCACAUGCUGAUCAUUUAUUUGGAUAUACAUCUAGGCUAAAGACAGCGCUUUAUGAUUUGGCACAAAACUUUUAUCAUCAUGAGUAUCGAAAUGUUAAAAGUCAUCGUGAUCAGCUCACUAAGAAUGUUCAUCAGUAUUUGUUUGUUCGUCAUCAAUUUAAAAUGGCAUUCUUAAAUGAGCUCAAGCAGGAACAACAUCUUGCUCAGAAACAUUAUAUGCAAGCUUAUCACAAUCUAUUGGAAACAAGAAUGACAGAUGCAAAUGCAGUAGAAAUCAAAACUGUUGCUAGUUUUAUAAAUUAUAAGUUAUGCAAGAUAAUGUUCAGCUUGAAUCUUCCAAAAGAUGCCAUCUCUCAAUUUAGACUUCAUACAGAGAGAUUUAAGUUAAAAACUGGACCGAAAGAGCUUAUGUUUGAACAUCAUGCUUGGAUGAGUAGUCAGUUCUCCACAUUUGCUGAAUUAUUUGAUGAGGCAAUUCGUCAAGGGUUACCCGCUGUUCAAACGCAACAUCCAGGUUAUUAUUUCCAAUUAGCUGCUAAUCAUGCAGGUUUACGACAGACUGCAUGUAAAGAAUUGUGUCAAAAUGUAAAUAGUUAUCCAGAUCCAGAUCCAUUAGCAGGCGAAGAGAAACUUGAAUUUUAUGGACAACGUCCAUGGCGACCUGGAAAAUUGAGUGCGGAGCCUGCAGACACGGCCAAAGAAGCUAUUGGUAUACAGGCUUUACAAUAUAGAGAGAAAACUUCAGUUAAUCAUUCUAUGAUAAUUAUCGGUUUAUUAGGAAAUGCGAUAUCGCAAUUCAAAGUGUAUCGUUGUCCACGGAUGCGACGAUUGUUAGUUGUGCAAAUGGCAGAGGAGUACUUCAAUGCUCGGGAUUAUGGCAAAGUUUUGACAUUAUUAAUGCAUAUGUUAUGGGAAUAUCAUGGAGAACGAUGGCCAGUUUUGCUGACAGAUAUCUUGAAAAAUGCACUGCGGGCUGCGUAUCUAUCAACUAGUAUUCAAGAUUAUCUCACUCUAGCCCUUGAAGCUUUGGGACCCUCUACUACAUUCUCAGAAGAGCGGCAAGCUAUUAUUUAUGAUAAUAUUAUGAAUAUAUUACAGAAAAAACCACCAAAUCCAGAACCAGAUUUGCCAGAUGAUAUUAAGCAUUUAGCAAUAGAGAAAUGGACAUUAGAAUUAAAUCGUCCAGAGCCAAGUAUCUUUACAAUUGAUGACAAUAAUAUGACAUCGUUUGUUGAUCUUAAAGCACGAUUUUUGCAAUCGACAUAUGCAGUGAAUACGAUGAUAACAAUAGAAGUUAUCAUAAGGAAUUCCUACUGUGGCGUUAUUGAAUUCAGUAAUGUGUUAAUAACAGUCAGUGGUCCAGGUUAUAAUGCUGAGGUUUCAGUUAGCAAUAUUCAACAGUCUAACUUUGUUUUCCAAGCAAAGGAGACGAAGAAAUUUUAUUUCAAUUUUAAAGCGCCUUAUCAAAAUGAUGGUGUCGAAAUUCGUAUUAGCACAGUUUCAUUGCAGAUAGGUGAUAAUGCACAUUGUUGUAUCAUACUAAGAUUUUCAGCUGUGGGUAGAGAAACGAAUUUAUUUGACCGUUUGUAUCCUGAAAUACAACAACUUCGAGGCGAAUUUGAGGCGAUAAGACCUUCGAUUCAUGCAGAAAUCAAACAAGAAGAAUCCAGUUUGAAUGUACAUACAGAAUCCAAUAAUCCCGCGCUCUUAGGCGAGUGGCUACCUGUAACUAUACGUCUAUCAGCUAACGAGGAUGUAACUGCUAUUUCUUUACACGUAACACUCGCACCAGAUGGUAGCAAUGAACAAUCAACUGACCUAAGCUUAAACAUGCUUAAUAAACAGCCCAAAGUAUCAAUUUCUGUUAAUAAUAUGAAUAAAAAUUCCUUUGUCAAACACGUUGUGUAUAUUAGAGCACAUAAAGUGGGCGACAGAAAUAUCAUAAUAAAGGCAGAAUAUUCUAAACCUGAACAAAUUAAGGGAAGUAAAGAAUUGUCAUAUACAUUAGCAGUUAAAAAAUCAUUUGAAGUAGCAACACAGUUUUAUACUACACUGUUUGAGCCACUAACAAAUGGAUUUGUUAAUGAACCAUUUAUUAUUAUGCCUCAUAUUACAUGUGUCUCCCCAUGGCCUAUAAACAUUUUAAGUACAUCUAUAGAAUUGGCGGAUUCUAUUGAAAGAGAGAACAAUUUGGAUAACAGAAAAUCUAUUUUGACGAAUGUUACACUGUGUGACGGUGAAGCAGGGACCGAUGCCUAUUGCUUAAUUCCAAAAACAGGUGGCGAACCUAUCAGUACCGGAGUAUAUACUAUCAAAUGGAAAAGAGCGAAUGAUGAAACCGCGUUAGAAACUAGCAGUAGUGUAACUUUAGCUCCUCUAUGUGUCAAAGAUGCGGUGAUCGGAUUAGAAGCCAAAAUGCCAGCCCAUGGUUGGGUUCGCACGCCAUUUUGUAUAUCUUAUUUUAUAAAAAAUUAUUCCGAUUAUCUCGUCACUUUACGUUUAGCUAUGGAAGGCAGUGAUGCUUUCAUGUUUGCUGGGCAAAAACAGGUUGACGUUUAUAUACUACCUAGAAACGUACGGAAAAUUGAUUGGAUCUUACGACCGUUAGUCGCUGGCUUUGUCGCUCUUCCAACAUUAUCACUAACUGUACCUGCAGAUGAGGAACAUAAGAUGGGUAAAGCACGUCUGUCGGAGGUCGUAGAACGUUCAUUGCCGAGUCACAUAUAUAUAUUACCGAAAUCGCAGUCUUAGCAGAAUAAAUAUGGUUGGUAUUAAGACUCUUUUUAUGAAAGGAAUAACUUGUUAUCAAAUUAUAUUAUAAAGUUAGUUAUACAUUUUGAGAACAGGCAAUCUGAUAAGUUUGUAAUCUGUUGAAUAUAAUUUAUUUGAAUUA